CAAAUAGCAUUCUACAGAUACAUACACAGAUACAUAGAUAGUUGAACCAAAACAACGACCUAGGACAUGGUUUACUUUGAAUGAAUCUGCAACAAAACUUCUUAGUAUGUACUUAUGUUAACUUUGACCAAUUACAAUUCUUGUUAUAACCUUCUAUCUUACUCCAAAGUCACCCUACUUUUUCUUUUACUUUCUACACUUUUUGGCGGACGCUCUUUCCCAAACUUAGAAAAUAAAUGCUCUAAAACACAGAGUAGAAGGAUCUUGUUCAUGGGUCUGGCACUUUAUGAUACAAUUAUUAGUUUACUCACUUCUUUUGUCUUGUGUUGGACCGUACCCAAGAAUACACACCAAUGAGAAUUAGAUUACAUUCAUUGCUUCCCUUCAUUCUCUGCUAUGUGAUAUUUAUCAGUAUUCACAUUUCUGUCAUCUCUAGCCAAUGUCUUCCAGAUCAACAAUCAUUGUUGCUGCAAUUGAAGAAGAGCCUUGAUUUCAACAGUACAAGUUCCAGCAAACUGAACUUUUGGAAUCAAAGUUCUGAUUGCUGUGAUUGGAGUGGUGUAAGUUGUGAUAAUGAAGGACAUGUUUCUGGUCUUGAUCUUAGUGGAGAAUCAAUCACUGGUGGAUUCAACAAUUCAAGCAGCCUAUUCAGUCUCCGUCAACUGCAGAGAUUAAGCUUGGCAGUUAAUAAUUUCAAUUCUGUGAUUCCUUCAGCAUUUGACAAGUUGGACAAGUUAACUUACCUGAAUUUGUCAUAUGCUGGGUUCGUGGGGCAGAUUCCGAUAGAGAUUUCUAAGCUGACAAGGUUGGUUAGUCUUGAUAUCUCAUCUCUUGCCUAUUUGACAGGGCAAGAUCUAAAACUUGAGAACCCAAAUCUAAGAAUGCUUGUCAGCAAUCUGAGCAGUAUUAAGCAAUUGUAUCUGGAUGGUGUAACUAUAACUGCUCAUGGAAAUGAAUGGUGCAAUGUUAUGUUGUCGCUGCGUGGAUUGCAAGAAUUGAGCAUGUCAAGUUGCAAUCUCUCAGGACCCAUUGAUGCUUCCCUGGCAAAUCUUGUGAAUCUCUCAGUCAUUAUUCUUGAUGAGAAUAAUUUAUCAUCUACAGUGCCAGAAACCUUUGCCAAUUUGAAGAAUUUGACCACCCUUAGCCUUUCUUCAUGUGAGUUGAUUGGAACGUUUCCACAAAAGAUCUUCCAGGUUAGAACACUGUCAUCCAUUGAUAUAUCAUUCAAUUCUAACCUUCAAGGUUUCUUUCCAUCCUCCCAACUGAGUGGAGCUCUACAUACUUUAAUAGUAAGUAAAACGAGCUUCUCUGGAACACUUCCUAGUUCACUAUCAAACCUCAAAGGCCUCAGUUACUUGGAUUUGUCAUUUAACAACUUCACUGGUCCAAUCCCAUCUUUUGGAAUGGCAAGAAAGCUUUCCUACAUAGAUCUUUCUCGUAAUAAUUUUAGUGGGUCAAUUCCAUCAUCUGCUCACUUUGAAGGACUACAAAAUCUCAUCAGCAUCAACCUGGGUUACAAUUCCAUCGGUGGAAAAAUUCCUUCAUCUCUUUUUAGACUCCCAUUACUGCAGAAGAUUCAACUUUCCAACAACCAAUUUGGUCAAUUGGAUGAACUCAAGAAUGUUUCUUCCUCUAAGUUAAACACUCUUGAUUUAAGUAGCAACAACAUAUCAGGUCCAAUACCAACAUCCCUCUUCCAGCUCACAGGACUCUCUAUCCUCCGGCUUUCCUCAAACAACUUCACGGGGUUGAUGCAGCUAAAUAAGUUUUUGGAGCUCAGAAAUUUGACCACACUGGACCUUUCGUACAACAACUUGUCUGUCAAUGUGAAUAUCAACCUAUCUUCCGUUGCAAACAUUAGCACUCUAAAAUUGGCAUCCUGCAGUUUGAAAGCUUUCCCUGGUUUCUUGAGGUACCAGUCUAAAUUAUCCACUCUAGAUCUCUCAGGCAACCAAAUUCAAGGAUCAGUGCCCAACUGGAUUUGGAAACUUGAAAAUCUUCAAAGCCUUAAUGUGUCUCACAAUUUUCUAACUGGUUUCGAAGGGCCACUUCAGAAUUUUAGUUCCAAUUUGGCAGUCCUUGACCUUCACUACAAUCAACUUCGAGGGACAGCUCCUGUUUUUCCUAAAUCUGCUGUCUAUGUAGAUUACUCAAACAACAAUUUUGGCUCCAUUAUCCCAUUUGAAAUUGGUGGUUACCUGUCUGGCACAAUUUAUCUUUCUCUUGCAAAUAAUAGAUUCCAUGGCAGCAUCCCUUAUUCCAUCUGCAAUGCCUCUAGUCUUCAAGUUCUUGAUUUUUCCCAUAACAACAUUUCAGGCACAAUUCCCUAUUGUUUAAUAAGAUUAAGUCAGAUGCUUGGGGUGCUGAAUCUGCGCCAGAACAAUCUCUCAGGCCUUAUCCCGGAUGUGUUUCCAGCAUCUUGUGCUCUGAGGACUCUUGAUCUCCAUGGAAAUAAAUUAGAAGGGCAUAUUCCAAAAUCUGUUGGUAAUUGCACAACACUAGAGGUGCUGGACCUUGGGAACAAUCAAAUUACCGAUGGAUUUCCAUGUUCAUUGAAAAACAUAUCCACUCUCCGUGUGCUAGUAUUGCGAAAUAACAACUUCCAUGGCAACAUUGGAUGUCCAAAAACCAAUAGUACAUGGCAAAUGCUUCAAAUUGUUGAUUUGGCCUUUAACCGUUUCAAUGGUAUUCUACCUGCAAAAUGCUUCACAACGUGGGAGGCUAUGAUGCAUGAUGAAGACAAUGCUGAUUCCAAAGAAAAUCAUCUCCGAUUUGAGGUACUUAAAUUUGGUCAGAAAUAUUAUCAGGAUUCGGUAACAGUUACAAGCAAAGGUCUAAUGAUGGAGUUAGUUAAAAUUCUAACUGUCUUCACUUCCAUUGACUUUUCAUCUAACCAUUUCCAAGGAGAAAUACCAAAAGAACUGUUUGAUUUCAAAGCACUCUAUGUGCUUAACUUAUCAAACAAUGCUCUUUCUGGCCAGAUUCCAUCAUCUAUAGGGAAUUUGAAACAGCUCGAGUCACUAGACCUCUCAAACAACACAUUACAAGGAGAAAUUCCCUCUGGGCUUGCAAGUUUGAAUUUCCUUUCAGUCCUGAAUCUCUCAUUCAAUCAGCUGCAGGGAAGUAUCCCUAUGGGUAGCCAAAUCCAAACAUUUUCAAAUUCUUCUUUCCUUGGUAAUAAAGGAUUAUGUGGGGCUCCUUUGACUGCAAAAUGCAGUGAUGUCAGUCCAGCAGGAGCUCCAAGAAUGAAAUCAGCUACUGAAUUUGAUUGGCAGUUUGUAUCCACCGGAGUUGGUUUUGGGGCUGGAGCAGGACUAAUUGUUUCACCGUUGAUGAUUUGGGAUCGAGGAAGAAAAUGGAGCAACAACAGCAUUGACAGGUUUCUUCUUCUUCUUCUUCCAAUGUUUGGGUUAUCAUACACACCUAAUGAUGAUGAUGAUGAUGAUGAUGAUGAUGAUGAGAAGGAGGAGGAGGAGGAGGAGGAUGACACAGAAGACAGGAAUUCGUAUAUGACAGAUGAUGACGAAGACAGUGAGGCUUAUGGAAGGCUCAAAGGGUGGUACUGUGUUUAUUGCUCCAAACUUAGUAUCACUCAGAUGAAGGUAAUUCAUGAUCCAAGCUGUACAUGCUUCCAUCACUCAUCACCGCUUUCAACUUCUACACAUUCAUCAGAUUCUUAUUCUCCUUAGUUGAAAACAUGCUAAUAUGUUUCUGUUAUUUUCAUAUCAUUUUUUCCUGAAUGCAUACAUGCAAGAUGGAAUCAUUUAUUGUAUAUGCAUGCUGUACAUACACACAAAAUCAUUUCAGAGUUUGCAACAGAAAAUUUGAGCAAUAAAAGAACAAUGUCCCCGCUGA